CGUGAUUUGCCAAGACUCUGCGCGACUGCAACGUCUCCUUCGACUCUUCAACUUUAACGCCAUCUCAUCCGCCAUCGUCAUUCCACCCCUUCUCGCGUCAAACUCCUUACAAGCACAACACAGGCACCACUACCACUCGCGACUCAGCACUCAGUCCGUCCUGCUUCCAAGACCGCACAUCCUACCCUCCUAAAAGCUUCUCAACUUUCCGAGGCGACGCCACGAUGUCCGACUCGGAAGGAGAAAUCAUCGUCCAGUCGGUUGUGCGCCUUCCGUCGCCUCAAUCUCCACGCGCGUCGAAGCGCAAGCGAUCGCCACGCUCGCGAUCCCCAUCACCGCGCCGUUACCGUUCGCCUCCCCGAAGACCCGCCCGCCACAAUCCCCACGUCGCGCCGACACUCCCCGAUGUCGAUCCGCAACGCGCCCUGGAGCGUGAACGCCAGCUCGCCGAACGCAUCCGCCAGCAGGAAACUGAGGCCGAGAAACCGAAAUUUGAUCCGAAAGCAGAGUACGAGAAGCUGUUGAGCAUGCGGUCCGGCGGAACAUACAUCCCCCCGGCGCGUCUGCGGGCCCUGCAGGCGCAGAUCACCGACAAGUCGUCAAAGGAGUAUCAACGGAUGGCAUGGGAGGCGUUGAAGAAGAGUAUCAACGGUCUGGUCAAUAAGGUCAAUACAUCCAACAUCAAGCACAUCGUUCCCGAGCUCUUUGGGGAGAACUUGAUUCGGGGCCGUGGACUUUACUGUCGAUCGAUCAUGAAGGCGCAGGCCGUGUCACUGCCGUUUACCCCGAUCUAUGCGGCGAUGACAGCCAUCGUCAACACAAAACUGCCACAGGUCGGCGAACUUCUAUUGAACCGUCUGGUUGUGCAGUUUCGGAAGGCGUUUAAGCGCAACGACAAGGCCGUCUGCUUGAGUAGCACCACGUUCAUCGCGCAUCUCUGUAAUCAGCAGGUUGCGCACGAGAUCCUGGUAAUCGAAAUCUUGAUGCUGCUUCUCAACAAGCCCACCGACGAUUCCGUUGAGAUUGCGGUUGGAUUGGUGCGUGAAGUUGGUGCACAUUUGGAAGAGAUGUCACCAAAGGCAAACAACGCCGUGUUCGAGCAGUUUCGGACAAUUCUGCACGAGGCCAAUAUUGACAAGCGUGUUCAGUACAUGAUUGAGGUGUUGUUCCAGGUGCGAAAGGAGAAGUAUAAGGAUAAUCCACCAGUGAGAGAGGAGCUCGAUCUUGUGGAGGAGGAGGAUCAGAUUACUCAUAGGACUGAUCUGGACGAUGAAAUCGAAGUCAUGGACGGUCUCAAUGUCUUCAAGUUCGAUCCGAACUGGGAGGAGCAUGAGGCGCUAUAUGCGAAGACAAAGGCCGAGAUCCUCGGAGAAGGAAGCGACGACGAGGACGACGACGGUGACGACGACGAAGAUAGCAGCGACGACGAGGAUAACGAGGUGAAACAGGAGGAAAAACGGUUGGAAAUCAAGGACCAAUCGAACACCAAUCUCGUCAACCUGCGGAGAACCAUCUACCUCACCAUCAUGUCCUCGAUAGACUUCGAAGAAUGUUGUCACAAGCUCAUGAAGGUCAAUUUACCAGCAGGCCAAGAAAUGGAGUUGUGUUCUAUGAUCAUCGAAUGUUGUUCACAAGAACGCACGUAUAGCAAGUUCUAUGGUCUUACUGGCGAGCGAUUCGCAAAGAUCAACCGCCUUUGGACGGAGCUCUUCGAAGAGUCCUUCCGGACCUAUUACGAUACCAUUCAUCGCUACGAAACCAACCGUCUCCGCAACAUUGCCAAGUUCUUUGGACAUAUGCUAGCCUCGGAUGCCUUGGGCUGGCACGUAUUCUCGGUGAUCCAUCUGAACGAGGAAGAGACCACAGCUUCGUCCCGUAUUUUUGUCAUGAUCCUUUUCCAAGAACUGUCGGAAGCAAUGGGCAUGAAGAAGCUCGUCGAGCGUCUCAAGGAUCCCUACCUGCAGGAGGCGUACUUGGGAAUGUUCCCCAGGGACAACCCCCGCAACACCCGCUUCUCCAUCAACUACUUCACUUCGAUCGGCAUGGGUCAAGUUACGGAGGACAUGCGCGAGUACCUGAAGGCGAACGUGGCACAGCAGCAAGCAGCUAUCGAAGCCGCCGCGGCAGCAAAAGCAGACGCCUCGGACUCCGAGAGCGUCAGCUCCAGGUCCUCAUACUCCAGCUACUCCUCUCGCUCCCGGUCUCGGUCCCGAUCUCGGUCUCACUCGCGGUCCGUCUCCCGGUCUCGGUCCCGGUCCGUCUCCCGGUCUCGCACUCGGUCCGACUCCGGGUCCCGGUCCCGAACCCGAUCUUGGACUCGGUCUCGCUCUCGGUCCGGCUCCCGGUCCCGUUCCCGUUCCAUUUCCCGGUCUCGCUCUCGGUCCGACUCUCGAUCCCGGUCCCGAACUCGAUCUUGGACUCGAUCUCGCUCCCGAUCCGGCUCCCGAAUCAAAUCCCGAGCACGGUCUCGCUCCCGGUCUGCGUCUGGGUCUCGCUCUCGAUCUCGCUCUCGGUCCCCCUCCCGCGAUCGCGGCCGCCCCCCGAGACCCGUGGCCGCUCCGUAUCCCGCUCGCGCUGCGGUGUCUGGUGGUAGGCGGUAGUUGAGUGGUUGUAGUAAAUAGUGAAUUUCGGGUGUAUUGUAGUGUUUUUUUUUGUGUUCAUUAUUCUGUAUUCGACCAUGCCUGAUGAUGACAGUAAUAUAUAUCC